AUGAUGCAUCGGCUUCUGUCCCUGAAGGUGUGCUUAGGGGCUUUUUGGGGUGUUUUUGGGGGUGUUUGUAGUGUUUGGGGUGUGUUGCGGAGGUACGACAUUGUGCAGCGGUUCCUUGAGUACAGCCUGGUCCGCAAGGUGCAUUGCAAGGCGACAAACGGCGAAACACUCCUGCAAUUUUACACCGAACGGAACAACUUGGGGCAGUACGACAACGCAGUGGUGCGCGUGCUGGAGUGCGAGAAGCUCCUGCACUCAACCAAGCCUAGCACGGAGAUGUGUCUUCGCGUGCAACUGGGAACGACAGAGGCCAGUUCGAAGGCCCGCGCUCAGCUGCAGGCCAUGUACGAGUCGACGAGAGCACAACGCCACUGCUGGAAUUUUUGGUUCUUUCUCUCUUGUUUUCUGCUUCCGUCGGUUUUUUACUACCUAGACGUGUACACCGACAUUCUGCUGGCGGUGGAGUACCAUCAAGAUUACCUGAAGAGCAUCAAUGACUCCGAUGUGGUGGGGACGAGGAACAUGACGAGUGCUAAUCAUUCGCUGUCCGAGGAGAUGGUGGUGCUGGUGGAUGGCGAGGAGGAGGUGAGAAGCAGAAGGAUUCCUCGCCAACCUAACAGACAACCCAGACAAGAUCAAUUUCCUAUUCACUGUUUUCUUCAUCCUGCUGCCAAUUACCCUGUUGUCCACUUGGAAUCUGUACAUUCAUGUGACGCAGCAAGAUAUCCUUCCCAUUUUCAAACUGCUACCUUCGUUUUUGCGUGUAUCGUUGUAAACGCUCAUAUUUCUCACCCCCCUGGCCCUCGUCAUGGCGUACCUCGAAAAUACUUACGCGCAGAUGAAGCACAUGAACGUCACAGUGCGUCAGAUGCAGGAGGUUGGGGUGGACUCGAAAUCGUACAACAGCUUCCCCCCCCCUACGGGCCUACCAAGACCUACCAGCACCACAUGAGGGACAUGGAGAUCAGAAAAUAUUAUGACCUUAAGCAUGUCGCGCAGAUGAGGGUCGCAAUCACCAACGUCAUGGAGGCCACACUCGAGUCGGCCUUUCAGUUAAUUCUGCAGCUGUAUAUCGUUGGGACGCAUUACACUGAGUUGGACCAGGUUAAGGACGUGACACUGGGCAGCAUCCUGUCUUUGUCACCACUGGGCCACAACACACAACUCUCCAAACCGGUGUUCUCUGUCCUCAUCUCCCUUGUGUCCCUCACCUGGUCCUUCACAUCCUACCACAGGUUCUCCAAACUCGGAGGGCUGACUAUUUUAAACGCACUGCCCCUCCUGUUCGCAAUAUUCUUCCAGGUGGUGUCCCGCGCCAUCGCCUGUACGGUGUUCACCCUGGCACACACGUGGAAGGUGUUUGUGGUGUUGGGUGUACACUUUGUGGUGGUGCUGGUGUUUAAACUCAAGCUGGAGGAGAGUUCAGUGUUGCCAGUACGCACACCGUUUUACUGUUGCCAGUGUUUUUUCAUGUACCUGCGUCCAUAUUUCUACGUUUUCCUUGGCACCAUUGCUUCUACGCUGGUGUACUUCAGGUUGGAGAGGCCCUCGGCUGUCAAAAAGCAGAGGGCGCGUCGUCAUUCAACCGUAGUGAUACAGGUGUUGUUUUUAGUCCUAGCCUUCAUCGAGAACCUAGUGAUGCUUGGCUUGCCUUGGGGAUCUGCUGGCUGGACGACAAAUCUUUCAUCAUACGACACUUUCAAAUACGACACUUUCAUCAUAAUUUCUGCUGUCCUGUGUGCCAUCAGCUACCUCACUGGCGUUAUACUACAUGCUGUGUACUAUAGCUGCUUCGGCCAUCCAUGGGUGGACAUCAACGGACCAUCAGUGCACCGGGACGCAGACGAGGGGACCCUGGUAUUGUCACAUUACCAGCAAGGGAAAGCUGGAAGAUGGCACAGAAUUCGACAGCAGUUACCCUCGAGGACAACCCCUGACCUUCACGCUGGGGUCAGGUCAGGUCAUCUGAGGCUGGGACCAGGGACUGAUUGGGAUGUGCGAGGGGGAGAAGAGGAAGCUUGUCAUCCCCUCGGACCUCGGCUAUGGAGCUUCAGGGGCGCCUCCAAAGAUACCUCCCCACGCCACGCUGGUCUUCGAGGUGGAACUUGUCAAGAUAGAGAGGAAAGAGGAGCUUUGAGGCUAAUCUAGGGUGCGUGCAGGUGUGUGCGGGUGUGUGCAGGUGUGUGUGGGUGUCUGGUGGAGUGUGUGUGUCUGUGUGUCUGUCUGUGUGUGAUUUUUCCCUUUCUGUAGAGGUUAACAUGGUAUCUGUGUGUGUUUGUGUGUGUCUGUGGAGUUUUAAGGGUGUCUAGAGAGUACUCGUACUUAAAGGCUCCCUCACCCUUAACAAGUCUAGGGGUGUGUGUGUGUGUGUGUGUGUGUUUAUGGCUGGGAGAGGUCUUCAGUGUGUGUGUGUGUGUGUUUGUCUGUAAGGGUGACCAGCAUAGCCAAGAGACUGCAAGAGUGUUGGAGAAUGGUCAGGAAAAAUUUUAAGGGUGUUUCUUUGUCACCCUGUUCAGUUUAAGGGUGUUUAAUAUGGUCAGGGGAAAAUUUAAGGGUGUUUUUUGUCACCCUGUUCAGUUUAAGGGUGUUUAAUAUGGUCAGGGAAAUUUUUAAGGGUGUUUUUCAUUACCCUGUUCAGUUUAAGGGUAUUUAAUAUAGUCAGGAAAAAUUUUAAGGGUGUUUCUUUGUCACCCUGUUCAGUUUAAGGGUGUUUAAUAUGGUCAAGGAAAAAUUUUAAGGGUGUUUUUCAUUACCCUGUUCAGUUUAAGGGUGUUUAAUAUGGUCAGGGAAAAAUUUAAGGGUGUUUUUCAUUACCCUGUUCAGUUUAAGGGUAUUUAAUAUAGUCAGGAAAAAUUUUAAGGGUGUUUCUUUGUCACCCUGUUCAGUUUAAGGGUGUUUAAUAUGGACAGGGAAAAUUUUAAGGGUGUUUUUCAUCAUCCUGUUCAGUUUUAGGGUGUUUAAAAUGGUCAGAAAUGUUUAAAGGGUGUUUUUUUUUGUCACCCUGUUCAGUUUAGGGGUGUUUAAUAUGGCCAGGAAAAAUUCUAAGGGUGUUGCUCAUUACCCUGUUUAGUUUAAGGGUGUUUAAUAUGGCCAGGAAAAAUUUUAAGGAUGUUUUUGUCACCCUGUUCAGUUUAAGGGUGUUCAAAAUGGUCAGAAAUGUUUAAAGAGUGUUUUUUUGGUCACCCUGUUCAGUUUAAGGAUGUUUAAUAUGGUCAGGGAAAAUUUUAAGGGUGUUUUUUGUCACCUUGUGUACUUUUUAAGUGUGUGGGGGGAGUGCUAGCUGUAAGGGUGUGUGUUGUCACCCUGGCUGAGUCUUAAGGGCGUUUGUUAAGCCACCCUGUUUGAUUAGUGUUAGUGUGUGUGUGUGUGUACGUGCAUGUCUCACCCCAAUACUUGUAAUCAUAUUCUUUAUAAAUAUAUUAAUAAUAAUAAUAAUAAUAAUAAUAAACGGUUUAUUAUUUAGGCAGUUGACAAACUGAAAAUGUACAUAGGGGAAAAUUUUGUGUGUGUGUGUGUGUGUCAGGAACACACACACACACACACAAGAAUGAGAGAGAGAGAGAGAGAGAGAGAGAGAGAGAGAGAGAGAGAGAGAGAGAGAGAGAGAGAGAGAGAGAGAGAGAGAAUAA